AUGUUCGAGGAAGCCGAAGACAUGGUAGACUACGCCUCUCUUGUGGCCUUCGCCAAGGAACAGCCCGCCGCCCGCAGAGCCGCGUCUGUCGUGUCUCGCCUCCGCAGCCACCUCCUCGCCGUCAGGAACGGAGAGGGUUUGGAUUUGCGGGCUACUCUAGAAGCGUUUGCCGUUGAUGAUGGCGGAGGUGGUGGUCGUCGUGUGCUCCGGCAACCUCAACUUGAAAGCGCUCUCCGGGAGCUUGGCUUCAAGUGCACCGACGACGAGAAGAGCGCUCUGUACAACCGACUAGACCUCUCGGGGGGCAACGCGGGGAUAGUUUGCACCGAUCUGGUGGGUUUCGUCGAGGGGCCCGCGGACUACGACUACGGUGUUGUUGAUACAGCUAUCGGAGCGGUGACGGUUGCUUCCCGAGACGAAGAGAGAGGGGUGGGAAAGCUGCUCCGCAGGGCGCAAGCGACCAUUGUGGAGGCUGCGCAGCGAAUGGAUAGCGACUUCGAGGCGUUCGACCGGCCGUACCUCCGCUACGACUGGCGGCGGACGGGACGUGUGGGGACAGCGGCGUUCGUCCGGUCCACCGCCCGGUGUGGCUUCCCGUUCACCCGUGCGCAGGCGGCGUUCUUGGCGGGAGUCUUCGGAGACGGCAGCGACGUAUCGUACCCGACGUUCCUCUCCUGGGCCACGCCGGGGCCGGACGGCCUCGCCGCCUCCGGAGUAGGGGGAGACCGUCGCGGCACCGGAGAAUCCGCGUCCCGUCUCCAGCGUCACCCAGGAGAAGCGGCACUUUCCGCGCUGGAAGGAGGCAGGAGCGCGAGCAGGAGGGGAGGGGUGAGCGAUGAAGAGGAAGAGGCGGAGCUGAAGGUUCGCACCGCCCUGCAGAGGAUGGGCGAGGACGGCGUCGCGAGGGCGUGGGAAGAGUUCGAGAGAAUGGACCCAGGGGGAAGGCGGGGGGGGGUGCAAGAACAGGAGCUCGUGGAGGUGGGCGUGAAAGACGAGCGAGAUAGAGAGAAACGUACACGUCCUUUCUGCAUGCAGGGCGAGAUCAAGGGCCAGGUACUGGCGAGCCUAGGCCUGCCCGUUACGGCAACAGAUGUCGCGGGUCUGAUGCGUAGAUUCACGACGGGAACCGAUCCCCAGUCCAAGUCGUUCUUCUUGUACCCGCGCCUGCUGCAAAACAUCGCCGCCGGAGAACACGGGGGGAAUAUGGGCUCAGGCCGGCCGGGGGACAUUCUUCGGAGCAUCCGGGCCGAGCUGAGAAGGCUCGUGCGUCGCACAACAACGGCGUCAGCAGCAGGCGAUCGCGGCAGGGGCGGCGGCGAAGGAAAACCGGCGACGCUAAGGGCUUUUGAGUCCUUCGACCGCGACGGGAGUGGCCGCGUCUCUCGCCGGGAUUUCCGCCGCGCGCUGCGAGAGCUGGGAUUCGACCGUCUGGGGGACGAGGAAGCGGCCGAAAUCUUGGACCGUUUCGACCCUCACGGGAAGGCCUUCGACGGUGGUGGGACGAGUGGAAGGGGACGGUUGCAGGCCUCCCUCAGCCGGGCGAUCGACCGCGGGAUUGACUACCGACGCGAGAUGGAGCUCGAGGAAGAAGGGCGGUCAGCGUUGGCGGGAGGAACGGGAAUGAAGGAGGGCGUGGUGUCACGGCAGAGCUUCCGCACCGUCAUGAAGAGAAUCAAGGCCGACCUUUCCGAGGGAGAUCUGGACGACCUCGAGAAACGAUUUGCGGUCAGCUCCUCGUCCUCCUCUUCCAAUGACGGCGGCCUUGUCGACUCGUUCGACGCUGGGCGAGCGAGGGCUGCGGGGAACACGGCGGCAGGGGUGCGAUACUUGGAGCUGCUGCACUGGGGGGCACCGGGAGGCGACUCGAGAGGCGGGGACGACGAGGUGAGCCCAAGAAGGUUCGGGAGCUGA